GUUGGAAGAGGAAGACAAACUACUGAAUGCUGAGAGUUACUAUAAAAAAGCCUUAAGUUUGGAUGAGACUUUUCAGGAAGCACAAGAGGCCUUAGCGAAAGUCCGUAAGCUUAUGCAGAAAUCUUUGGAAAUGAGGGAGAAACAAGCUGCCAAAGAAGAGAAACAGAAAGAAAAGAAAAUAGAAACAAGUGCAGAAAAAUUGCGUAAGCUCUUAAAAGAAGAAAAAAGGUUGAAGAAGAAAAGGAAAGUAUCAACUUCCUCUUCCUCCUCUUCAUCAUCGUCAUCAUCAUCAAGUGAUUCUUCAUCAGAUGAAUCAAUUUCUUCUUCCUCUUCUUCCUCUGAUCACAAGAAACGUAGGAAAAAGCAUCGGAAUAGAUUCGAGUCUGCCCACAGCUCCAAAAAAUGCUCGUCUAGAGCUUCUUCCCAUUAUAAAGAUCAGUUUAGGAAAGAGGAGUGGUAUUCGCCUCCGGCUGAUACCUCUGCUUCCUUUCUUAACCAAAAUUUUGAAGUGGAAAAACUGCUGGAAAGGCAGGACAGCUCAGUGUGUCCAAAAACAGAAGUAAGAGAGAAAGACAGACACUAUUCUUUUUCGAGGACUUCAGGUGAUGACGAAGACACUUGUGGAGGUAGGUCUCAAGAUUCAAGAGAUUGUUACAGUAGCUCCAGAAGUCUGCCAAGUAGUAGCAAAACUGAAAAACAUGGUAGAACUGAUAGAUUUUCCUCCAGUUGGAGGGGUUCACAUCAUAGGUCUGAUGAUAAACCCAGAAUGCAUUAUUUUAGAAAAUCGGAAAGGGAUGUAGAGGGAAGAAAAGAACCGUUUAAAAAACAUGGCUGGGGUCAAGACAGAUAUUAUAUGUCUCCAGCACGGUCUGACUAUUCUGGCAAGUCAGUGGGAAAGUACAGAUCGUAUUCUAGCAGCUGCUUCCGUGAAGGUGAUAAAAGUUACGAUAGUGAUAGGCAGGUGUUAAGUCAGCAGAAACAUGAAAGUGAGUGGAAGGAUAGGAGAAGAAGUGACGAGGAGACUAAUAAAACAGAGGAACCAGACGAGGAAAUGUCUUUAAAUGGUACAGCACAAACAGAAAGUGGCGUUAAAAGAAACCUGCCCCAGAACUUAGUUAAAAUAUUUAAUCAAAUAGCUGAGUUUGAGAGGGAAAAAGGAAGUAAACAGAAGAAACAGUAA